UGUGGGGCCUGGGCAUGAGCCUUCGCGCCACAAGAUUCAUUCACAACGGUCGUGAACCCAAAGGGCUUCUUUUUUGCUGUAUUUUCUCCUCUAAAUCUCAAUGGCUCAGCCUCAAGGAUACGGCCAUCCUCCUCCUGUCGACGUGCAGUCAGGGUAUGCCGGUCAACCGCCGCAACAAGGCUAUCCCCCGCCACAAGGCGGCUACCCGCCACCACAACAACCGGGCUACAACCCGCAGCAACCGGGGUAUGGAGCCCCAGUGGCGCAACAACCCGGCUACCCUCCACCGGGUGGGCAAAUGGCUCCAUCCGGGUGGAUGCCUCUUCCCCCAGCAGCCCCCGCGAACUGCCCCCCUGGACUAGAGUAUUUGACCAUGGUGGACCAGCUUCUUAUUAAACAACAAGUAGAAUUGCUGGAAGCUUUUACUGGGUUUGAGACCAAUAAUAAAUACAAGAUUACAAAUAAUCUUGGUCAACAAGUCUUUUUUGCUGCAGAAGAUACAGACUGCUGUACCAGACAGUGCUGUGGACCAUCCCGCCCAUUUGAUAUUAAGAUUAUGGACAAUACCCAGCGAGAAGUGAUACACCUGACACGCCCACUGAGGUGCUCAUCAUGCUGGUUCCCAUGUUGUCUGCAGGAGGUUGAGGUGCAAUCUCCCCCUGGGACAGUCGUGGGAUACUGCUGUCAGUCGUGGUCCAUAUGUAUACCCAAAUACACAUUACAAGAUGCAAACCGACAGACCAUACUGCAGAUUGAGGGGCCACUUUGUACAUUUAACAUUUGUGGAGAUGUUGAGUUCCAGGUGUUGUCGGCAGAUGGUCAGAACCAGGUGGGCAAGGUGUCCAAGCAGUGGUCAGGGCUAGUCAAGGAAGCCUUCACUGAUGCCGACAAUUUUGGUGUUACAUUCCCCAUGGACCUUGAUGUAAAGAUGAAGGCAGUCAUCAUUGGUACAGCUUUCUUGAUUGACUUCAUGUUCUUUGAGAAAGCUCCAAAUGAGGAUUGAGAGCCAACAGUAUUUCAAGCUUGAAACAGAAUCUGCACAAUAAGAAGAGGAGGGGGGGGGGGUAGUGCCCCUCCCCCCCACCUUCAUGUUUUGCUCUUGCCCAGAAAGUGAUUAGAUUGGCUGAAACUAUCAAGUAGGCUUGCUGUGCAAAAGCUAUUUUUCAGGGGACAGCUAAAAGCCCUAAUUCUUAAAAAAUCAAGUUUGUGUCACCAGGGCGGACCCAGGGUUCCAGCGGUGGUGUGGGAGGGGGUGCAAGUCAAUUUGUAGAAUUUAGCUCCCAUUCCAUACAUUUCUUCAGGAGUUUCCAUCUGAAGGGCUCCCCUGGUUCCGCCAUUGUGUCAUAAGCUUUUUAAAUAACUCCUAUGUUUUGUUUUGGUGAUUGAGGUCAGAUCAUUUCAUUCAUUAUCAAAUUUUAUUUAUAUUUCAGAGUUGUAUUAGUGUAUGAUAUAAGAGUUAUGUGGUAAUUACAUUCAACGAUGAUUUUACUGUAAAAAUGUUGGAAAGAAAAAAGCAUGUGAUUAUACUGUUCAGUGCCUUUUUAGAGUUUUAGCACAUGAUAUAAAAUAAACACUAUAAUUAAACACAA